AUGGCUUUAAUGGGAAUGGAAACUGCCUCAUCAUCUCUCCCAAGUUCUUCUACUUCAUCUUCUAUUGAGCAACGGAAGUAUGAUGUUUUCCUCAGCUUUAGAGAUGAACUUGCAAAUAUCAUUGCGUGCAAGAAAGAUAUUGAAAUGGCAGUUUUACCUGUUUUUCACUAUGUUGAUCCAUCUGAUGUACGAAAACAAAUAGGAACUUUUACACAGGCAUUUGUUAAACAUGAAGAAAAUGAGGAAAAAACAAGGGCAGAUAAAUGGAGAGAUGCUUUGAGACAGGAUGUUAGGGAAAAGUUUGAAAAAUAUGGUCUUGUUCCACUACAACAGAAAAUUAUAGAUGAAGUUUUGAAGGAAAAGAAUUUGAAAAUAGAAGAGGAGUAUGAUGGAGUUCUUAAGAUCAAGAAUAGGUUAUGUCAUAAAAGGAUUCUUCUUGUUUUUGAUGAUUUAGAUAAGAUGAAACAGUUAAAAAUGUUAGCUGGGGAGCAUGAUUGGUUUGGUUCUGCUCUUGAGGUUUUGGAUUCCUUUUUGUUUGGAAAAAGUACUGUUGAAUGGACGAUUGCAUUAGAGAGACUCCAAGAAUUUCCAGACAAAGCAAUUCUUGAAAAGAAAGAUUAUGUAUUAGAAAUACUAGAUAUUCUUGGCCUUUACCCUAUUAUUGGAUUGAAGGAACUUGCUAAUACGUCUCUUUUGAAAAUUAUGGAUAAUGAUAUAGUGCGGAUGCAUGACUUACUUGAAGAAAUGGGUAGGAACAUAGUUUGUCAAGAGUGCCUUGAUGAUCCUGGGAAGUGUUGUAGAUUGUGGGAUUACGAAGACAUUGACAAAGUGUUAAAAAGAAAUAGGGGGACAGAAGCACUUAAUGCCUUGGAUAUUCUGAGUACUUAUAAUGAACAACAAGUUGUAUGUUGGAACCCUGAGGCCUUUUCGAAGAUGGACAAUCUUAAAUAUCUUAGAAUUUAUGGCAUUCUCCACGUCCCCACACACCUUCCUAAUGAUUUAAGAAUUCUUGAUUGGAUUUUGUAUCCAUCAAAAUAUUUGUAG